ACUAUUUCACUCUGGCUGUCCCUUAUUAUUGUUGCAAUGGAACGUUUGCGGAGGGAGAAAUGAAGGUUUAGCAAAUUCCAUCCGAAACUCUACUCAAAGUAAAACAAUCUAAAUAAGUUUUGGUUCUUUUCUGGGAAGACAUUGUUCAUUGUCUUAAAAUGAUGAUGUACUUUGAUCUCAACGUCGGUGGGUUGAUUUGAUACAUAUUUCUUUCCACUUUAAAUUGAUCAGCGCAACAGAUUCAGGUUUGAAGAUUUGACUAUCUGAAGAAUGUAACUUUGGUGAUAACAGAGUGCAGUCCUUUCAAUUUCAUAGACAUGCACUGUAUCUGACUGUUCUGGUGGACAUUUAUUCAACUUAGCUAUAAGCUUAAUCUUGAAAUAGCCUUGAGGUUCAAUCACUGAACUGUCAUCGAAGAUCUCUGAUUCUCAUUGUUGACUUCUACAUUUCUACAAUAUUUUGGUAUCUGUCCAUUAAGGAACAAGAUGAAGAUUGGGAUAUCAUCCAAGACCAUAAAUCACCCUAGCUUUGUAUCUGUUACACAGAGCGGUCCUAGCAAGGGAAUUGGAGAACCAUAUCCCAAUGCAGUAUCCCCAAUUCAUAAUUUUCCAAGUAGGGACUUAGAAGGUCCAUCUUGGUUGACCGGUGAAUGUUCAUCUCUAUUUCCACUAAAAAAGAAUGAGUUAAACUCUGGACCAAAUAGCCCCAGUUCUCCAAGUUCUCAUGCUAAGGGUGCUUUUUCACAUUCUUCUGUGUUCUGUACCAGUUUAUAUUUGUCAUCUUCGUCUACAUCAGAAACUCAGCGACAGCUUGGAAAUUUCCCAUUUCUUCCACAUCCUCCCACAUGCCACCAGUUCAUUUCUGCUGUUGAUUCAUCGAAAUCUCCCGUGGUUUUUACUGAGGAUUUGUGCAAUCCAUAUGAUGUGGACCACUCAGAAGUCGUAAUGAAGGACUUACUUAAUUUUCCAGGAGAUGCUUGCGAUGAUGGUUGCUUUCAUGGUAUGCAUUGUAAGAGGGAUAAUUUCAUCCUCACUGAGCAAGUAGAGCUACAUUUCUUGUCUGACGAACUUGACAUUGCUAUCAAUGACCAUGGAGAAAAUCCCAGAGUUGAGGAAAUAUAUGAAUCACCUCAACCUUCAUCAAAGCCAACUGUAGGGUUGACAUGCAACCAAAAUUCGGCUUCUGCGACACCAUCUAUGAGUGCUGCUGUAAGUCCUGCUCUGUCCGGACCAGCAGCUGUUCACAAGCCAAGAAUGAGAUGGACUCCUGAGCUGCAUGAGUGCUUUGUAGAGGCUGUCAGCAAGCUUGAUGGGCCUGAAAAGGCAACUCCAAAGGGUGUGCUAAAGCUUAUGAAUGUUGAAGGUUUGACUAUCUACCACGUGAAGAGCCACUUACAAAAAUAUCGACUUGCCAAAUAUAUGCCUGAGAAGAAAGAAGAGAAGAAGACUUGGAGCUCUGGAGAAAAGAAAGCAGCUUUAAGCAUUGGUGAGAGUGAUGGAACGAAAAAUGGGGGCACGCAUAUCACUGAAGCUCUGCAAAUGCAGAUUGAAGUGCAGAAACAAUUACAUGAACAGCUUGAGCUACAAAGGAUGCUUCAGUUACGCAUAGAAGAACAGGCAAGGUAUUUGCAGAAGAUUUUGGAAGAACAACAGAAAGCUGGCAGUGCCUUAAUUCCUACACUAAGCUUGUCAGCACCAACGGAUCCUCCGAACCAAAACUCAGAGCUGCAGCAACCUUUUUCUCCAUCUGCUGUUGUCUCAGCUUCCCAACACUCUGAAUCUAAGACCGAAUCAUCGUCAUCUUCUCUACCGUCAAAGCAUAAAGGUAACGGUUUCAGUGUCAAUGAAUGUAAACCUGAAUCAAGUCUGAAAAGGUUCCGCUUCGAGGACAAGCCAGAGUCGGCCAUAGACGAGGCUGUGGUGGAAAAUCCUGUGCAAUAACAGCUUCACCCAACUCAACUCAUGAUUUCUUUUUAUUGCAUCAGAUUCUAAAUCACCCCAACUUUUGUAUACGCAUUAAUUUAGUGUAAAAAGUUAUUGAAUUUAGAUUUGCUUCAUUUGUAUGCAUGACAUUUGGGAAAUUCGGAGAAUUGGAUUUUUGCCAAUGAAUCAACUUAAAGCUUCACUUUCUUUCA